AUGAAGACCGGCAACACGUCUCUCAGACAACAAAUUAUCAGGGAAACCAUGGCUGAAUCCUGUUCAAAUCCUCUCUUUCUAUCGUGGAUCAAAGGCUGGCUUGAUGAAGCACGCGAGCGAAACAGUAAGGGCGUCACGGUAUACAAAAAGGCCUAUGAUUCUAUGAAGGCCUGUCCUCUCGUGUUUCAACAUCCCUCCGAAGCGCAGCAGUUAAAUGGUCUUGGUCCCAAAUUAUGCGACCGGUUAACUGAGAAACUGAAAGCCCACUGCUCAGAAAAUGGCCUCCCUAUGCCCGAACAUCCUAAUACUGCAGCGAGUAAGAAGCGAGUCUCGGAUGGGAACGAGAUCGACCCAAAACCAGCCAAGAAGCCUCGCAAAGCAAAGCCUUAUGUGCCAGUCUUGCGCUCCGGUCCAUAUGCGUUACUGCUGGGUCUUGGGACUCUCGAUGAGAAUUCGAACCAGAGCAUGACGAAAACGCAGCUGAUUGAGACGGCACAGCCAUACUGCGACAGCUCAUUUAUUACGCCAACUGACCCGACGAAGUAUUUCACUGCGUGGAACUCGAUGAAAACUCUUAUCCAGAAGGACCUUGUUUACGACCAUGGACACCCGUUGAAGAGAUAUGCGCUCACGGAGGAGGGAUGGGAAGUUGCCAAAAGAAUCCAGAAGACUUUGCCUGAAUUCAACCAAAAUACCUUACCCUUUCGGGGUCAAUCGGAACCAUCCGACGCCCGUCUCAGCGCCCAGCCUCCAAACGUGGGAUCGAAUCCAGAGCUAUCGCGGCAAGAUAGCAACGAAGACCGCCGCAUCGAUACCGGCAUCCUGAGCCCAACCGAAGACCAGGAGAUCACGCCCAUUAUCAUCCCUCCAAACAGCUUCACCGUCCAGCUGGUCCUGGACAUCCGAGAAGUCCGCACAUCCAAAGACAGGGACUACAUUGCCAACGAACUCAGCAAGAAAGGCGUGACGCCAGAAGUACGAGCCCUUGAACUUGGCGACGCCAUGUGGGUCGCAAAAUUCCACGACCCAUCGUACCUAUCGCAAAAGUAUGGGGAAGAAGGUGAUGAAAUCAUGCUCGACUGGAUCGUCGAGCGAAAACGCCUCGACGACCUCGUCGGCUCCAUUAAAGAUGGACGAUUCCACGAGCAGAAAUUCCGUCUUCGUCGGUCCGGCAUGAAAAACGUCAUCUACCUGAUCGAAGAAUUCAACAUCACGCAGGACAUCGGCGGCGCCUCGGCCCUGAAAUAUCAAGAGAUGGUAGCGUCAGCGAUCGCCUCUACGCAAGUUGUCAAUGGGUAUUUUGUCAAGAAGACGAAGAAUCUCGACGACACGAUCCGCUACCUCGCGCGCAUGACCUUUCUAUUGCAGAAAAUGUUCACUCCGUCUUCCACCUCUUCUGAAUCUCCCACUACCGCCCCCUCUCCCACCAAUACCCUCACCUUAAUACCCAGUCGCCAGCUCUCCUCCUCUCAGUCCUAUCUCAACGCCCUCGAACGUCUUCGAGCAGAACCAUCCUCCUCCUCUGUUACCUACGCCGUUACCUUUCCCACCUUCUCCAUUUUAACAUCUAAGUCUGACGUCCUUUCCCUGCGCGACGUCUUCUUGAAAAUGCUCAUGUGCACGCGCGGCGUCACAGGUGACAAGGCGCUCGAGAUCCAACGUCGCUGGCAAACCCCGCAGGCAUUCAUCCAGGCGUUUGAGAAACUCAACCCAAAGGAUCGAGAGGAAAUGGUCUCCGAGCAGAUGAAAAACCUCGUGGGAAGGAAAAAGAUCGGCAAGGUGUUGAGUAAGAAGAUUGCAGAGGUAUGGGGGGAAAGUGGUUGA